AUGGCCGAGAACGUCGUUGGCAACAGCGUGCAGAAGGUCGUCGAGCCUAGCUCCGACCAAAGCGUGCACCCCGAGAAGACAGAAUACGUCACCGCUCUGGAUCUUGAAUCCCAAGAUGCCUCUCUUGAGCAUCCACGCUCCGUUGUAGACGACGAGUCUUACCCGGCCCCAACCGAAGAGGAGCGCUCGACGUUGCGUAAGGUCGCCGACUCGAUCCCCAUCACGGCAUGGUCACUUUGUGUAGUAGAGAUGGCCGAGAGAGCGUCCUUUUAUGGCGUCAAGGCAGUCUUCAACAAUUAUCUCCAGUUUCCCCUCCCUGAAGGCGGCCCUGGCACUGGGGCCAUCGACCCCUCCAAGCCCAACUCUCAUGCUGGUGCUCUCGACCUCGGACUGCGGACAGCUUCGUCGUUAGGUCUUUUGUUCACCUUCUUGGCCUAUCUGAUUCCCAUCUUUGGUGCCUGGAUUGCAGACGUCAAGAUUGGUAGAUACAAAGCCAUCGCAUGGGGUGUCAUCAUCGGAGGCGUUGCCCAUGUCAUCAUGGUGGGUGGUGCUGCUCCUGCUGUCUUGCAGGGUAGCAAGGCAGGUGCUGUCGCGGUGUUCCUCAUCAGCUACUUUCUUCUUGCCUUCGGGGCCGGUAUCUUUAAGCCCAAUGUCGUGCCGACUGUUAUCGAUCAAUACAAGCACCAGCGGGAAUACACGAAGGUGCUUAAGACAGGAGAGAAGGUCAUUGUCGACCCUGAGACCACCGUCAACCACAUCAUGUUGAUCUUCUACGCCUUCGUCAACAUCGGCGCUUUCUUCUCCAUCGCGGUCGUUUACAUCGAGAAGUACCACAGCUUCUGGCUGGCCUUCCUUGUGCCGGGAAUCGUGUACUUCCUUUUGCCGGCUGUGCUUGGUGUCACUUACAAGCGCACCAUCAGAGUUGCGCCCCAAGGCUCCGACCUUAACCGUUUUGUCAAAAUCACUACCUUGGGUCUCAAGGCUAGCAAGGGCAAUAUUUUCUCAAAGAACUUCUGGGAGAACGUCAAGCCCUCCGCCCUGGCGGAGCGAGGCGCCCAUGUCGGCUAUUCACAAAAGGAUGUCGAUGACGCACGCCGCACGUGGCAAGCCGUUCAGAUCUUCCUGUACAUCCCCAUUUGGGCCUUGAACGACGGUGGCGUUGGCAAUGUGCAGAGCAACCAGGGAGCCGCGAUGACAUCUAACGGAGCGCCCAACGAUUUGCUCAGCCAUUUCAACCCCUUGGUUAUCAUUAUUUUCUCCCCGCUCAUGGCAAAUGUCGUGUAUCCCUUCCUUGAACGCAAAAACAUCAAAUUCGGCCGUAUCAGCAGAAUGACGGUCGGAUUCGUUCUUGCUACGAUCUCAUCCGUGAUUGGUGCCUUGGUUCAAUGGCGCGUAUAUGAGACAAGCCCUUGCGGAUACAGUGCAAGUAACUGCGAUGGCGUCUCGCCUCUUUCGAUCUGGUGGCAGAUCCCCAACGUCGCCCUUGGGGCCAUGUCUGAGAUAUUUAUCAAUGUUACAGCUUAUGAGCUGGCGUACGCUCGUGCCCCCGAACAUAUGAGAUCAACUGUUGUUGCUCUAUUUCUUUUUAUGACGGCUUUGAGUAGUGCUUUGGGUCAGAUCCUGCUGCCAGCUAUUGCGGACCCGACUCUCAUCUGGGCCUGGGCUGCUCCUGGUAUUGCUCUGUUCUUCCAAACUAUCGUGUUCUGGGUCAGGCAUCGCAAUAUCAACGAUGAUGUUUUCAUGACCUACAAAGAGGACUAUGAGAGUACCAACGCAGGCGAAAAGGUUGUCGAGAAAGAGGAGAAAUAA